CACACUUGCACACAAACCGUAAGAUAUUAGGUUACAACAGCGACUAAGUGAUUGGUCCAACACUAGUUAGUUGACGAAGCGACGGACCAGAAACCAAAUCCCUGUCAAAACACCCCUCACCGUUUUGUAGCAUACGCACACAGUAAGUUGUAGCGCAGUCCUGGGUAUAUUACCGUGGAAUGUCGUAAAUGGAAAUGUUGUUUAGGCUACUAUAUACGUAACAUUCCUAGCCCUGCAGGCGCAGUUAUGAUUGGUUUGGGUAUUUUUAAUAUAGAACCAUCGCAUAGGCUACCGUGUCUUUCUCUUCGUUCAUAUGUCGAUUUAAUGAAACUGCUGUUUAAAGGAAGUAGAUUUCGAAUUCGUUUGGUAUAGCGUUCUUAAAACUUGAGUGGGUAUUGUAGUUCCUAGAGAAGAGUUGUGUUUCGAAGAGAAGUAAUUCAGCGUCGAUGUCAAAUUUGUAUUCAGCUACAAACUGAUGGAGACACAAAAGUUUCAAAUAAAGUGGGAAGUGCCACCGAAAGAAAACGUUCCGCUUCCUCAAAAGAGAAGUUCCUUAAAAACUGAAAGUUUCGGCACUUGGAAUCCUGUACCAUUACCUCGCAGUAGCAGUAGUGGUCAAGUUAGAAGAGCUAAUCCAAUCCGGUGGAAACCGGUUUCCUCAAGUCGGAAGAACAUCCGAGAGGUUCGGUGUUUGACGUGUUCCUUCGUGCACAACGUUGGGCUGAUUGAUGUGACGGAAAACGCACUUGACCACGUUGCGCAGGCGACUGCAAGUUGUCGAGCUAACGUGCUUUCUGCAAUACCAUACAAAAAGAAGCAGCAGGCAGUGACAAGUCGUGAGCAUUCUAUUGUCGCGGGCAAGUGGAACCAUUUUUCGGUCGGCGAUAAUCAAGGGGACAACAGCCCACCGUACCAACGCAGGCGGGCAUCCCUAUUUACUGUAGUUGCUACCGCUCCUGCUUGCGGUCAGAACUUGCAAAGGGACAGGAGUAAUCAACCUGAUAAGGAGUUAGGCAACUGUAAACCUGCCGAUUGUAAGGCAGUAACCGUAGCCGAUACGGACCGCUUGAAACCUAUUGUUUUCGAGUCUCGAACGAGGAAUUCCACCGUUGUACCUGUGAUUUACCAAGAAGCUGCUUCAGGCAAAAGGGCAGUAUUUGAUAAGGAGCAGCAGAAAUUGCAGUGCGGGCGUCGUGAACGUGCCUUGGCGGCUAUUAUGAAGUCAAACUCCGGCAAAAAGCCAGUUCGUGUGCACCUACUUACUGGCGAUUCGAUUCUUCUGGUAUUUGACGCAAAGGCGCUUGUUAAAGAUGUCUUCGACCAAGUAUGUACCAUGUAUUCAAUCAAAGAGAGCCAUUUCUUCGGCCUGUCAGCUGUUAUCGAAAAUGAGCAUCGUUUUAUGGACACGAAGCAGCGUUUAUCCAAGUACGCGCCAAAAGAAUGGGGCAAGGACCUCAAACGACGGGCGAGUGACCUAAGCGUUCAACCAUCAGCGGUUUUCACAGUUCAAUUCCAAGUACAGUAUUACGUGGAGCACCCAAAGCUCAUUUGGUAAGCGUCUGGUCGUUACUUGUAAUCCAAUAAGCAGCUGAUGCUUUUUCUGUGGUCAACUGCUUUUAAGCCUAGACAUUCUGCCGUAUACCUGGCUGUAGUUUUGCCGGUCGAUUUGAGCGAUUUGACGGUAAACUAUGUCUGUGUGUUGAGUGCCAAGUUCAAUGACUUUGCGUUUACUGACUUAGCGCCAGUUAAGACAUUUGGCUGGUUUAUAUAUAGUAGGGUGGGGGAGCUUGGAAUACCUUUAGCAUAGAAUAUCCAAAUAUCCUGAUCGUGUUUUGAACAGUUUACAACGGUCUAUGGGA